AUGAGGGAAAAACUUGAUCAGUGGCUCUGUAGACAGCAAGAGGGUGGAUCAAGACUUGCAAACUUUGAUAUAAUUAACUACAUUCAGGUAAUAUAUGCUAAAAUGGAAAUAGAGUUGUUGUAUAAUGACUUGGUUGAAAAGAGAAGAGCCAGACAUUCAGAUAUUGAAUCCAGUUCAUCUUCAAAGACUACCGGUGGUUUGGGAAUGUAUUGGUGGAGAGGUGGUAGGCUUUCUCGAAAGUUGUUUAAUUGCAAGGUCCUUCCUCGUUCCUUUGUUACCAAGGCUGCUAGACAAGCUGGGUUUAGAAAGAUACCAGGUAUUUUAUAUCCUGAAAAUUCAGACUUUGCUAAGAGAAGCAGAUGUGUUGCCUGGCGAGCUGCUGUUGAGAUGUCAACAAGCGUUGAUCAGCUGGCUUUACAGGUUAGAGAACUCUACUCAAACAUAAGGUGGCAUGAUAUUGAGAAUAACCAUCCUCUACAUGCUACUGCCUUAUACAAAUUAGUUGCGGAACGAGGUCCAUGGAGCUCUUUGUCCAGAUGGGCACUGGAAGCAUACUUAAAAGGUGAUGUUGGCAAGGCAUAUAUGUUGUAUUCAAGAAUGGCCGAGAUGGGCUAUGAGGUGGCACAAAGUAAUGCUGCUUGGAUUCUUGAUAAAUAUGGAGAACGAAGCAUGUGCAUGGGUGAAUCUGGACUUUGCACUGAUGCAGAAAGGCAUCAGCGGGCAUACUCUUUGUGGUGGCAAGCUUCUGAGCAGGGUAACGAACAUGCUGCUUUACUAAUUGGAGACGCAUAUUACUAUGGCAGGGGAACUGUCAGGGAUUAUGACCGAGCUGCUGAGGCUUACAUGCAUGCCAAAUCGCAAUCUAAUGCACAGGCCAUGUUUAAUCUUGGGUACAUGCAUGAGCAUGGCCAAGGACUUCCCCUUGACCUUCAUCUAGCCAAGCGUUACUAUGAUGAAGCUUUAGUGCAUGAUCCUGCAGCUAAGUUGCCAGUUACACUGGCACUUACAAGCCUGUGGGUUCGGAUGAACCAUGCUGACAGUAUAUUGGUCCAAAUAAUUGACUCUUUGCCAGAUGUCUAUCCAAAAUUAGAAGCUUGGGUGGAGAAUGUGCUUUUGGAGGAGGGAAAUGCCACAAUUCUAACCCUCUUUGCAUGCCUCCUAACUGUGUUGUAUCUGCGCGAAAGGCAAAGACAGCAAGCUGCUGUUGUAGUUGGCGAGGUCGCUCAGCCAAAUCUCCCUAACGAGCUUGCUAUGCCAGCACCCAUGAGAUAG